CAUUAGACUCAUUUUCCGCCGAAACACACAACUUCUUCCCGCCAUCGCCGAUACCCAAAUUCAUACCAAACAAAUCCAAGCUAACACCACCGCCGUCCAGCUUCAAUCUCUUCAGCUAUGGCGGACGAACAGCCCUCAGCUUCUAAUCGUCGGAGGAGCAGAGGAUCUGAGGCUGCCGCCCGACUUACCGCUCUCGAACGUCUCAAAGCCAUCCGCAGCGGUGGCCGUCGAUCGGAAGCCGGUGGUUUCCAAGUGAAGUUGGAAAAUCCUAUCUACGAUACGAUUCCAGAGGAUGAGUAUGAUGCUCUCGUUGCAAAGCGACGCGAGGAAGUCCGAGGGUUUAUUGUUGAUGACGACGGUCUUGGAUAUGGAGAUGAAGGUGAGGAAGAGGAUUGGUCGAAAGCUGGGGUUUGUUUUUCAGAUGAGUCUGAUGGUGAGCUGGACAAACCUAAGAAGAGGAAAGUGGUGAAGAAAGAGACGCAACCGAAGAAGCCCUCUUCUUCUUCUUUAACGGCGGCGGCAGCGAUGAUGGGGAAACAAAAGCUUUCUUCGAUGUUUACUUCAUCCAUCUUCAGGAAAACGGGUAGAGACGAUAAGGCUAAAGGAUUGGGUUGUGAUAGUAUUGUGGAUGAUGUGAUUGCUGAAUUUGCUCCAGAUGAGACUGAUAGGGAGAGGCGUAGAAAGGGGCAAAUUGGAGCUAUACCGAUUUUGAGGACUGUUACGUCUGUUCCUGCCGUGAAGUCCGAGGGAUUCACUGCUCGGGGUCUUAAUUUGACUGGUGAGUCUGACUUCAUCAAGGAUGCUGAAAAUGGGAACUCGGAAACGACCAGGGUUGUUACAAACAGUGAUUUGGAGUCUGUACGAGGUGGUGUGGAGGUCCAGGGAAAUGGUGAAACUAAGGAAUUUGAUUCAAAGGACUUGAAUUCUCAAAUCAACUUGGAUCCGGUUGAGCAAUUACCUAAUUCUUUGAUCAAGGAAGAUGUAAGUGGAGACACUAUGCCAAUUAAAGUUGAAACAAAGGCAGAACCGUUGGUGAAGAAGGAACCAGUGAGUACUUUGAAUGCUAAGAUUAGCAAUGAAAGAGACCCAGCUUUGAGUGCUACUGCGGAAUGGCAGGCAGUAAGGAGUGAAGGGAGUGGAAGUGUUAAUUCUGCAGCAGAGAUGGCUGAAGAGAAAUCCGAAUUUGAUACCGACACUGACGGCUCUCUUCCUUUCUAUAUCGUUGAUGCACAUGAGGAGCUCUUCGGUGCAAAUAUGGGCACUGUAUAUCUAUUUGGGAAGGUCAAAGCUGGGGAUACGUUCCACAGUUGUUGUGUGGUGGUGAAAAAUAUGCAAAGAUGCAUAUAUGCCAUUCCAAGUGCUUCUUUUCUCCAUUCGGAUGAGAUGUUGGAGCUCCAGAAGGAUGCUGAAGAGUCUCAGCUUUCUCCUGCAGACCUGCGUGCCAAAUUGCAAGAAGUGACUGCAGGAUUAAAAAAUGAAAUGGCUAAGCAGUUGCUAGACCUCAAUGUUUCAACAUUUAGCAUGACACCGGUUAAGAGGAAAUAUGCAUUUGAGCGUCAAGACAUACCUGCAGGGGAGAAUUAUGUGAUUAAGAUUAAUUACCCAUUCAAGCACCCCCCACUUCCCGCUGAUCUAAAAGGAGAAUUGUUCUGUGCUCUUUUAGGAACACAUCGCAGUGCCUUAGAGCUUCUCCUCAUUAAAAGGAAAAUUAAGGGCCCCUCCUGGUUGUCAAUUUCAAAAUUUUCUUCUCGUCCUGCUUCUCAACGAGUGAGCUGGUGCAAGUUUGAGGUGAUAGUUGACUCUCCAAAAGAUGUGCAAACUUCAACGUCAUCAAGCAAAAAUUUGGAGAUUCCUCCUAUGAUUGUCACUGCAAUAAACAUAAAGACCAUCAUUAAUGAAAGGCAGAGUGUCAACGAAAUUGUGUCUGCAUCUGUCAUAUGCUGUCAAAGAGCAAAGAUUGACGGUCCCAUGUUGGCCACAGAAUGGAAGAAGCCUGGUAUGCUAAGGCAUUUUACUGUCAUCCGUAAGCUUGAUGGAGGCAUAUUUCCUAUGGGAUUUGCUAAAGAGUCCACUGAUAGAAAUUCGAAGGCUGGAUCAAAUGUUCUGAUCUGCGAGGGCAAUGAAAGGGCCUUGUUGAAUAGGUUAAUGAUCGAAUUAUUCAAAUUGGAUAGUGAUGUGCUGGUUGGACACAAUAUCUCUGGGUUUGAUUUAGAUGUUCUUCUCCAUCGAGCACAGUUUUGCCGAGUACCAAGCAGCAUGUGGUCCAAAAUAGGCCGCCUUAAGCGGUCUGUAAUGCCAAAACUUGGAAAGGGAGGGAACAUUUUUGGGUCUGGAGCAAGUCCAGGACUCAUGUCUUGCAUUGCUGGUCGACUCUUAUGUGAUACGUACUUGUCUUCCCGUGACCUAUUGAAGGAGAUAAGUUAUUCUUUGACAGAGCUAGCAAAAACUCAACUUAAUAAGGACCGCAAGGAAGUCACUUCACAUGAAAUUCCAAAAAUGUACCAGGCAUCCGAGUCUCUCAUGAACCUGAUUGAAUAUGGUGAGACAGAUGCAUGGUUGUCAUUGGAACUCAUGUUUCAUUUAAGUGUUCUUCCCCUUACUCGACAGUUAACUAAUAUCAGUGGUAACCUCUGGGGAAGAAGUCUACAGGGUGCUAGAGCCCAGAGAGUAGAGUAUCUCUUACUUCAUGCAUUCCAUGCCAAAAAAUAUAUUGUCCCCGACAAGAAUUCAUCUUAUGUGAAAGAUAAAAAGAUUGUAAAAAAGAGAACAAAUCAUGGAUCUGAGGAAAAAAAUGUUGAUCAAUUUGAUUUGGAUGAUGGAAAUGUAGAAGCUCCCAAUACUGACAGUGGAAAGGGCAAAAAGGGACCCUCCUAUUUAGGUGGGCUAGUCUUGGAGCCAAAGCGAGGUUUAUAUGAUAAGUAUGUAUUGCUCCUGGACUUUAACAGUCUGUACCCUUCUAUCAUUCAGGAAUAUAAUAUUUGCUUUACCACUGUUGAAAGAUCCCCAGAUGGUGUUAUUCCUCCUCUGCCAUCUAGUAGAGUGACGGGAGUUCUUCCUGAGUUGCUUAAAAAUCUGGUUCAGAGAAGAAGAAUGGUGAAGUCAUGGAUGAAGAAUGCCUCUGGUCUCAAGCUUCAGCAACUUGACAUUCAGCAGCAGGCACUAAAGCUCACUGCAAACAGUAUGUAUGGAUGUCUAGGGUUUUCUAAUUCAAGGUUUUAUGCAAAACCACUAGCAGAGCUUAUUACUUCACAGGGAAGAGAAAUACUGCAGAGCACUGUUGAUCUUGUCAAGAAUAAUCUAAGCCUAGAGGUAAUUUAUGGCGAUACAGAUUCAAUAAUGAUUCACAGUGGACUGGAUGAUGUUGGCAAAGUAAAAGCAAUUGCAGGAAAAGUUAUACAAGAGGUUAACAAAAAGUACAAGUGCUUAGAAAUUGAUCUCGAUGGUUUGUACAAGAGAAUGUUGCUUCUGAAGAAAAAGAAGUAUGCUGCUGUAAAGUUGCAGUUUAAGGAUGGAAUGCCAUACGAGGUUAUUGAGCGUAAGGGUCUUGAUAUGGUUCGGCGUGACUGGAGUUUAUUGUCAAAGGAAUUAGGUGAUUUCUGCUUGAAUCAAAUAUUGUCUGGAGGGUCAUGCGAGGAUGUCGUUGAAUCAAUACAUGACUCACUUAUGAAGAUCCAAGAGGAUAUGAGGAAAGGGCAAGUUGCACUUGAGAAAUAUAUCAUCACGAAGACAUUGACUAAGCCACCUGAAGCAUAUCCUGAUGCCAGAAACCAACCACAUGUUCAAGUUGCACAAAGGUUAAAACAAAUGGGUUAUACUACUGGCUGUUCUGUUGGUGACACGAUCCCAUAUAUAAUUUGCUGUGAGCAGGAGUCUACUUCUGGUGGUUCUACAGGCAUUGCUCAGCGGGCUAGACAUCCUGAUGAAUUGAAAAAAGAGGAUGGAAAAUGGAUGAUUGACAUCGAAUACUAUCUUUCACAGCAGAUUCACCCAGUGGUCUCUCGUCUAUGUGCCUCAAUUCAGGGCACCAGCCCAGAACGCUUGGCUGAUUGUCUGGGGCUUGAUUCAUCAAAGUUCCAAAACAGAUCAAUUGAAGUUUCCCGAAGUGAUAUCUCCACUUCCCUCCUGUGUUCUGUAAAUGAUGAAGAAAGGUAUCAGGGAUGCACACCGCUGACAUUCACUUGCCCCAGCUGUUCUGGUACUUUUAAUUGUCCUCCUAUCUUUAGUUCCAUAUACAAAUCUGCAGAAGGAAAGCAAGAAAGGCUAGUUGAUGAACCUACAACCAAAUUUUGGAAUAAUUUGCGUUGUCCAAAAUGUCCCGACGAAGCUAAUGCGGGUAGAAUAACUCCUGGAAUGAUUGCCAACCAGGUGAAAAGGCAAGCAGAUAGGUUCAUUUCAAUGUAUUAUAAUGGCUUAAUGAUGUGUGAUGAUGAAACCUGCAAAUAUGCCACACGUGCCGUUAAUCUUCGAGUUAUGGGCGACUCUGAGAAAGGAACCAUCUGCCCAAACUACCCCCACUGCAAUGGGCAUCUAGUAAGAAAGUACACAGAAGCCGAUUUGUACAAGCAGCUUUCAUAUUUUAGUCACAUUUUGGAUACUGAACGCUGUAUGGAAAAGUUGGAGGUUCAUGCAAGGGUAACAUUAGAGAAAGAAAUGGCGAGUAUUCGGCCAGUAGUCGAGUUAGCUGCAACGACAAUUCAAAGCAUUCGGGAUCGGAGUGCAUAUGGCUGGGUGCAGUUGCAAAAUUUUGUAGUAACAUUUUGAGUUUGCACAUAUAACCGAGGUAGGCAUGCUGAAUAUCCAUUCAUUUUACCUUCAUUGUUUUCUCUUUACAUUGUAUGUAAAUAUUUGUCAAAUGGAUAGUUGCUUUGUUUUUCCUUUUUUCGUGAAUCUAAAUACUCGUAAGAAAUCUACCAAACCCAUCUCAAACAUAGUCUUCAACAUUGAAAAGUAAUCUUGAUUUUAGAUAGCAAA